GUUAUUGAGAGCUCUCUUGAGCUGAGUGGAAGCAUGGCUGAAGGUAUUUCUACCUCGCUCCAGACCUGCCCUGCGGAUUCUCAGAGGCUUCCUGCCCUCGAGGUUCUUCCGUCUCCCCCAUGUAUUUCUCAUCUGCAUGUGAAUGAUCCGGGGCUUACACCCUCCCCUGGGUCCCAGCUGCAGCAUUCCUCCGAUGUCACCCGAAAUGGAGAACACGGCCAGUCCGUUGAAGAAGCCAAGUCCACCUCAGUCGACCAGCACAUAACGCCGACUUACACGGACCGACCCAAGGAUAUCACAACGGAUUUGAGAGAUGAAGAGACUGAAAAUGCAACCAGCGAGCAAAGUACAUCGCGCCUGUCUGAAGACCAGUUGGAAAUAACCGCGCCUCAGCCGGACCUUCAUGACUCGCCUACUGCGCCUCCCACAGAGACAGCGGAGGACUUGUACGAUCCCUUAUUCGAUUCUGAAAUAAUGCUCAAUGAGCUUGAUGCCGCAUUCGACUCAAACAAGCGAACUGGCGCGGAAGCAUUUGAGGAACCAGACCUCUGGCAGCAGGCCUCCAAAAGGCAGGCUAUUGAAUCAAUUCGGGAUGAAAUUACAAUAACACCAGACAAAACACCGUCGCUGUCCUCUCUCGACUCGGCCCUGCAGCCUGAUCAAACCGGAACUGGUCCUCACACGCCAUUGGACCCUGACCAGGAAUCAACGCCUGCGGCUUUGUUCGAGGCUUUUGGUUCAUCAUUUGAGGAUUCGCCCUUUGAUGUUCCCAUGGACCUUUCAUAUGAUGGACUGCCUGACUUUGACUUUCAUGAGCUAAGCCAGGAGCUGGCCAGCGUCAAGAUGCCCACUGCCGUCAAUAUCGCCCCUGAAGACACCGCGUCGAUCAGCGCGAUUACGAAAGAGCGGUUCUCUAUCGAUGACCAGGAUCUGAUUGACUGCACAAGCCGAGAGAUUCUACAGCGCGUGCACGAAGAGCCGCCUUACGUAUCACCAUAUCCAACUUACGCCGGGCCUCUGGGCUACCUGCCGUCUGCCCCCAACGUUCAUGUCCAAUAUAUCGAGGUCGCAGAGGAUAAGGCCAACUUUCGCCUGACCUCAUUGAGAAACCGGGUGCAGCAGCUUUCAGUGGAGCGACACAAGCUGAGGACCAAACUGGAUCAUUUAACGGAAAUGAGCACGAUCGACAGACGAACGGGAAAGACGCACUACGAAUUGCUCCGCGAACAGAAUGCUAUGCUGCGACGGGUUUGCACUCAGCAUCAGAACAGGGUGGAACGAUACAAGAAAGAGGCGGAUGAAUGGAAGAGCAAGCUUUAUGACCUUGGCACUGUCUAUAACAACCUGCUAUAUGAGAUCCAGGUACAAAAGCAGACGCCGGCGGUGGCGGGGAUUCCUAAUGGGUACAAACCUCCGCAAAAUAUCCAACCUGCACCGAACCAGCAAGUUAUUGCACCAGUACCCGGCGGUGUUGCUGUGAUUCGAGCUCGUCCUGCAAAUCCCGACCCCGCAGCAUCUCUCCAUCGCCCUAUCGCUCCCAGCCCGCCCAAACGCGAACCGGUGACGAUCGACCUGACUGCCGACGAUCCAGCGGACACGGCAAGCCCAACCCCAGCGGAGAAGCAGCGUCAAGCAGAGAUGCUCCAAUCCCUUCGCAGCAAAAAGUACGCUUGGCUGACGGACGCUGACGCGGUCGACCGCCACAGUACUAGUCCCCGCCCACGGCAAGGCUUCUACGGCCAUGGCGGUGGAUCCCAGGCCCUGGAAAUGAUGGGGGAGGAAGCAGCCGAACGGAUCCGCAACCUCUCCGCCUCCGGGCUUGCGUCAGCCGGUCGCAUCGAACCCUCCGAUCCUGACGAUGAUGAUGAUGAUGAUGAUUUGGCUCGUAUGAUGGAGGAAGAGCUAGCACAGGGUUGUUGAUGCAAACUCCGUCUGACGUAAUUUCUCCCUCGACAUUUGUUCUUCAUUUGCGAAAAGUUUGAUACCCAUAUCUGAAGAGAUCAGAUACCAUCACGUCUUCCUGCAAGAUAUCCAUGUUCGUUCUAGUUUUUCUCUUUUCCGGGAUUUUUAUUUCCCCGCUUACCAACGCAGCCCCUUGGCAUUCACAACUAUGAGUACAAGCCUAUCCUGUAUGCCCAUUGCAUAGCUGCACUGUUGGUGUUAUGUUUUAUGUUCUGGUGUCCGAGUCAUCUGUUGUCAUUACUCACAUAGUAUCUACUGAGUAUUCAGAUACACGAGCUUACUAUCGAUCUAUUGCGGAAGGGGCCUGAGCUUCCACUUUUUGUUGUUAUUUCCCCUUUCUCUUCCCAUCGACGCCGCCAAAGAUGAAGUCAUCAACAGCGACACAGCCUCGAAAAUCAAGAUUUUUUUUCUUAAUGUGAUCAAUUUUAAAAGGAG